UCUCCCCAGACCCUGCAUUCACUAUAUCUGGUCUCCCCGGACCCUGCACUCACUAUAUCUGGUCUCCCCGGACCCUGCAUUCACUAUAUCUGGUCUCCCAGGACCCUGCCUUCACUAUAUCUGGUCUCCCAGGACCCUGCACUCACUAUAUCCGGUCUCCCCGGACCCUGCAUUCACUAUAUCUGGUCUCCCUGGACCCUGCAUUCACUAUAUCCGGUCUCCCUGGACCCUGCUUUCACUAUAUCCGGUCUCCCUGGACCCUGCAUUCACUAUAUUCGGUCUUCCUGGACCCUGCAUUCACUAUAUCCGGUCUCCCUGGACCCUGCCUUCACUAUAUCCGGUCUCCCUGGACCCUGCAUUCACUAUAUUCGGUCUUCCCAGACCCCUCAUUCACUAUAUCUGGUCUCCCCGGACCCUGCCUUCACUAUAUUCUGUCUCCCA